AUGACGGUCCCCAGUAUCGGGGACAUCCUGAUGCUGUCACAGCUUGCAUGGAAAAUCGGACGCGCCUUUACAGCCGGUCGGAAGGGCGCACCAGCCGAAUUCCAGGGAGUGGAAGCCGAAAUCAACGGAGUCGCCAAAUCUCUGAAGCUGCUAGCAGAAACUCUAUUCGCGGACUCAGAGGACGGCUUGCUGCAGCGGGCCGACAGGGAAACGCAAGAUGCCAUAGCUACCAUCUUGAAUUCGUGUCACCGAACGGUUCAUGACUUAGAUUCGUUGAUGGAUCAGUAUCAGGUCAUUAAGAAGCACCGGACGCCCGGCGGUUUUGCGAUCGAGAGGUCAUGGAGCGAUUUGGUUUUGACUCAAUACAAGACCAUGAUGUGGACGACUGAGGGAGGCGACAUUCAAAACUUGAGGAACAUUUUGCAAACGCAUACGAGCACGAUCACCGUUACCAUGCAAGCGCUGCAGAGCAAGUCCCAGUCACGCCUGGAAAGUGUCGUGAUCCCUAUGGCCGACCAGAUUGACCAUAUCCACCACCGAACGGGAAGCCUUAGUGAACAGAUUGACGAGGUCCAUCGCAUUGUCAAAGACAUCGCAGUCCGUACGCCACAAACCGCAGCAACACAGGACUUGGAAGGGAAAAACCCGAAUGCUCCGAACCUUGAGACGACCCAGGAGAUAAGUGCCGCUCAGGAGUCUUUCUCAGCUACGGACUUCUUGCCUCCGCGGCAAAACACGAGAACGCCACCCCGCGUCCCUUCGUCCCCGCAGUUCUCACAGCUGUCUAAGUCACCUACUUUAGGUACCACAACAGCGCCUUCGUCAGCUGCCUCUACAGCGACAUCCCCGACUAUUAUCGCUCGGAAACGCAUCUCAGAGUUCAGCUUCGGUGGGCCCGGCUCACGCUAUUCCGGCAGUAACGCCUCGUCCUCAGAUGAAUCUCAUAAUGAAGCUCCACAACGAGCAGCACCAGACUCGGGCGUGCUCGCGCCGUUACCGCCUCCGGCCAUGGAAAUGCCACCACAUCACGGGAUAGAGAAGGCCAUGUCGAUAUCUAAACUCAGUAUCCAUCCACCCACUUCACCGGAAAUUAUCAAAUUACACCGGAGCUCUACGACGUCGAGCCAGAGGGAGCAGUUCGAAAGGGCAGCUUUUCGGAAUUCCGCUAUCCUAUGCGACGUCCACGGAACGCUCGUCGAAUAUGCGCACAAAGUCUCCCCAGAUGAAGACUCGCACGACGUCGAAAUGAUCGAAGCCUGCCAGGACUGCCGCAUAGCCGUCGUUCGCAAGCGCGAAGCCUCGGCCGACGCAAAGCACGACAUCCGCGUCAUGACGUCCAUCUGGGUCUUCAGCGAUGACAACAUCGUGCGCCUCGAGCUAAAAAUGGCAGACGGCGAGAUGUAUGUGCCGUACUCGAGCUACUUUAGCCCGGAAAAGGUGUCGAUUACGGUAGCGUGCGAGCUCAAGUUCCAUGAUGUGAAGUAUGGACAGAGAGUACUCCGAACGGCGAAGACGAGCUGGAUUAAUUAUGUCUUUGAGAGUGCUCAUGCCGCGGCACUCUUCCAAAACGAGCUCAUGGGCCGCACCCUCCUCGCCACGUACCGCACCUCCAAAACGCUGCGCAUCCACGAAGGCCUUAGCGGCGCCUUCUCUUACGCCGAGCAAAUGUGCGGCAUGGAAAACCUGCGCAUCUGGGAAGACAACGACACGCUCGCCGUCAUCGCGCUCAUCCACUUCAGCCCUCAAUUCCGCAACGGCUACCUAGCCUUCUACUUGAACUCGUCUAACACGCCUAUUCGCGUCAAGGACGAGGGUGGACGGGAGGUGAAAGUGAAGGGCUUACGUGUCCCGCUAGAGAAGGGCGCGUUCAGGAAGGAUAGUGGGGUUGCUGUGGCCGAUGGCAAGAAGGGGGAUAUGGACCGGAGGAAGGUGGUUACGGGCGCGAGGAUCGAGUUUGCGAGUGAUGGGGAGAAGAGGGGGUUUUUGAAUUUGGUGAGGGAGGUGCAGAGGAGUAUGAUUGAGCUACCGGAUUUGGCGGGCGUGAAUUGAAGUAAGGGCUUGGGAUAAGAUGGACUCCGACUGCGCUUUGAGCGCAAU